AUGAGUAAGCUUCAGAGUGAAGCCCUAAGAGAAGCCAUUACUCAAAUCACCACAGAUGCAAAAGAGAAGAAGCGUAAUUUCACUGAAACCAUUGAACUCCAAAUUGGACUCAAGAACUACGACCCACAAAAGGACAAACGUUUCAGUGGAACAGUCAAAUUGCCUCACAUUCCUAGACCUAAAUUGAAAGUUUGCAUGCUUGGAGAUGCCCAACAUGUUGAAGAGGCACAAAAGAUUGGACUUGAAUACAUGGAUGUUGAAGGGCUCAAGAAGCUGAACAAGAACAAGAAGCUUGUGAAAAAGCUUGCGAAAAAGCACCAAGCUUUUUUGGCUUCUGAAUCUGUCAUUAAGCAGAUUCCUCGUUUGUUAGGCCCUGGUCUUAACAAAGCGGGAAAAUUCCCAACACUUGUUUCUCAUCAAGAAUCCCUUGAAGCAAAAGUAAAUGAAACUAAAGCAACUGUGAAAUUUCAAUUGAAGAAGGUUUUGUGUAUGGGAGUUGCUGUUGGAAACUGCAGCAUGGAAGAGAAGCAGAUUUUUCAGAAUGUUCAAAUGAGUGUUAACUUUCUUGUUUCAUUGUUGAAGAAGAAUUGGCAAAAUGUGAGGUGUUUGUAUUUGAAGACAACAAUGGGAAAGCCAGUGCAUGCCAAACGCCACCUUCCAAGUUCCAACCCCCUUCUCCUCUCUAUAAAUAAACCCUCCUUCUCAAAUUUUCAUAAACCUCGAUUCCUCCGCUUCAUUGUAUUUCUCUUCCGUCACAAAAUGUCGGCCAUCAGACUUACUACCCCAACCACCAUCAUAACCACACCCAAAACCUCCACCACCCCCAGCGCUUUCCUAAAAUGCCCCUCCACUCUUCCAUCAAUCAAGAGCAUCUCAAAAGCUUUUGGCUUGAAAUCAGGGUCGUCUUUCAGGACAACAGCCAUGGCAACAUACAAAGUCACGCUAGUUGGACCAGAUGGAGAAGAGAAUGAAUUUGAAGCACCUGAUGAUUGUUACAUUCUUGAUUCAGCUGAAAACGCUGGAAUUGAACUGCCAUAUUCUUGCAGAGCUGGUGCGUGUUCAACCUGUGCUGGAAAGAUGGCUACUGGAUGUGUUGACCAGUCUGAUGGGUCUUUUCUUGAUGAUAAUCAAAUGAAAGAGGGAUACUUGUUGACUUGCAUUUCUUACCCGACUUCUGAUUGUGUGAUUCAUACCCACAAAGAAGGUGAUCUUUAUUGAGUUUGGUAUGUUUUUCUGAUUAUGUUGGUUCUUGUUUAUUAUCUUGGAUUUUGAAUUGUUUGUGGUAGUAGGUUUUGAAACUUUGUUGUCUAGAAUCGAAUGUGUUUUAUGAUGCGGAAUGUUAGUUUUUGUUGUUAGUAAUAAGUGAUUAAGUGAAAUUAAAACUUGU